CCCUCCAUGGAGUUCGGGCUGCUCAGCGAGGCAGAGGCUCGGAGCCCUGCCCUGUCACUGUCAGAUGCGGGCACUCCACACCCUCCUCUCCCGGAACAUGGCUGCAAAGGCCAGGAGCACAGUGACUCGGAGAAGGCCUCGGCCUCACUGCCGGGGGGUUCCCCCGAGGACGGCUCUCUGAAGAAGAAGCAGCGACGGCAGCGCACGCAUUUCACCAGCCAGCAACUGCAGGAGCUGGAGGCCACCUUCCAGAGGAAUCGCUACCCGGACAUGAGCACGCGCGAAGAGAUCGCGGUGUGGACCAACCUCACCGAGGCCCGCGUGCGGGUGUGGUUCAAAAACAGACGCGCCAAGUGGCGGAAGCGGGAGCGCAGCCAGCAGGCGGAGCUGUGCAAGGGUGGCUUCGCAGCCCCGCUCGGGGGCCUGGUGCCGCCCUAUGAGGAGGUGUACCCCGGCUACUCGUACGGCAACUGGCCGCCCAAAGCGCUCGCCCCGCCGCUCGCAGCCAAGACCUUCCCGUUCGCCUUCAACUCUGUCAACGUGGGGCCUCUGGCUUCGCAGCCUGUGUUCUCACCACCCAGCUCCAUCGCCGCCUCCAUGGUGCCCUCGGCCGCCGCUGCUCCGGGCACCGUACCAGGUCCCGGAGCCUUGCAGGGCCUGGGCGGGGCACCUCCCGGGCUGGCUCCAGCCGCCGUGUCCUCCGGGGCAGUGUCCUGCCCUUACGCCUCGGCAGCCGCAGCCGCCGCUGCAGCAGCCUCCUCCCCCUAUGUAUACCGGGACCCGUGUAACUCGAGCCUGGCUAGCCUGCGGCUCAAAGCCAAACAGCACGCCUCUUUCAGCUACCCCGCCGUGCCCGGGCCGCCUCCGGCCGCCAACCUCAGCCCUUGCCAGUACGCCGUGGAACGGCCAGUGUGAGCCGCAGGUCUGUGGAUCAUCCCCGAGGGCAGGGCAGUAAUUCACAGCCUCCCCGGACAAGGGUCGCCUGGACUGGCUUGCCCUCGUCCCAAGGUCUGAAAGGGGUGCUUGGGCACCCGGGGAGGGGCGACAGGCUCCGAAGGGGGCCUUUCCCCUCACCGCCCCGAGGGGUGGUCUGGCCCCUAAACGGAGACCGCGCCCCUGGGACUAAGGCCAGGAAUAGGGACCAGCUCCCCCAGGGCCAAUUCACCCUUGGCCCACCCCGCCUUCUCCAGACUUCCCCUAUCCCGUUUUAAAGAUCACUGAAAUAAACGUGCGCGGACUGUCAAAGGC